CGCUAGCAGCUGUCCUACCGUAAGGACCUAUCUACAAAAAUACAAAAAUACAAAAAUACAAAAAAAAAAGCGAAGGAAAACCAAACGCAAUUCGAGUCUCAGUUCAACUUUAGUCAGCCAGCGAAACAGAGUUCAGAGAAAUGGCUGCUUUAAGCUUCAGCCCAUCGCCACCGCCAGCAACAACAACCCAACGCAGCAGCAACAACACCUCCUCCAACAACAGCAGCAACCACAGCAAGGAGAACACGGGACAUCAGCAAGUGAAAUCGUUGGGUGUCAGCAAACCCUUUCAAAAGAUGACCGUUCACAAUGUGCUAAGCGAAAGCGGCGCCAAUGCGUUGCAGCAACAACAUUUUAGCAAUCAAAACACCAUCAUACGGAAAAUCAAGGACUUUGGCAUGCUCGGUACCGUGCACAAUGCGACAGCAGCAACCACACCAACAGCAUCAGCAACAUCAUCGACACGCAAGCGACCGUUGGGCGAUGCCAAGUGCAAUGUGAAUGGCGCCAAUAAGACGCCAGCGGCAACCAAACGCACCAAGCUCAGUAAAAAGAGUCAGCAACAAUCUCAGCAGCAGCAGCAACAACCUCAGCAGCCACAACCUCAAGCAAAGCCACUCACGUUGCGUCAGCAGGAGAAACUGGAGCUGAUCAAUCGACCAGCGGGAACACCAGGACGCAAAGGUUUGCCACUGCCACAAGCGGUGGCAAGGCGCAACGCCCGCGAACGCAAUCGCGUCAAGCAGGUGAACAAUGGAUUUGCCGCGCUCCGCGAACGCAUUCCCGAAGAGGUCUCCGAGGCAUUUGAGGCCCAAGGCGCCGGACGUGGCGCCAGCAAGAAACUCUCCAAGGUGGAAACAUUGCGCAUGGCCGUCGAGUACAUUCGAAGCUUGGAACGUUUGCUGGGCUUCGACUUUCCGCCGCUUGGCUGCAGCAAUUCAAAUAGUUCGUCGAGUGGCGAUGAUAGCUUCAUGUUCAUCAAGGAUGAGUUCGAUGGCCUCGACGAGCAAUUCGAUGAUUCGCUGAGCAACUAUGAGUUGGAUGCACCGCAUUUGGAUGAAUCCCAAGCGAUGGCAACAACGAUGCUCGAUGGCAAUGCAACAGAGCCAACAACAACAACGGAGGAGGAGUUGCUGCCGAGUGUGACAACGUUGAAUGGUUUGCAAUAUGUGCGAAUUCCGGGCACAAGCACGUAUCAGCUGCUAACGCCGGAUAUGCUGACAGCGAGUGGACUCGGAGCUGGCUCACAGGAUAGCUCCAGUUUGGAUGAGGAGCAUUUUAAUGCAUUAAUUGCCACAAAUUGCCUGAGCAGCAGCAACAACGGUGUUGCAGCUGCGCCAGCUGCCCCAAGCAACGGUGAAUGUGUAAAAUUUACCUCGACUUUAUCGCGAUCGCCCGUGCCACUAACAACAACAACAACCAGUCCCAGCAGCUCGCCAGCAACAACAACAACAGAAACACGACGCAGCAGUUCAUCAUUGCAUCAACCACCGAAUGACGACGACGCCGCUGCUGCUGCUGCCGCUGCUGUUGCAGUUGCAGUUUCACCUGUCGCCGUUGCCGUUGCUAAUGAACUUUUGUUGCAGGCGUGUGCCGCACAACAACAACAACAACAACAACAGCAGCAACAACUGCUACAACAACAACGACAUCAGCAGCAGCAGCAACUGAUCAAACAGGAAUACAGCGAGGGCGAUUUUAGGCAUGUCGCCAACAACAACAACAACAACAACAACUGCAAUUCUCCGCCAGCAAUCAACAACAACUUCCAGCAACAACAACAGCAACUACUUUGCUCCCCCGUGUUGCCUGCUUUCUAUGACCAAGAACCGGCGACUUCAUUCUACGAUAAUGUCGUUGUCGGUUUGCCCAGCUUCAAAAAGGAAUUCACCGAUGUCCUGCACGAUCAAUCGACCAACACCGCCGGCGGUUGUCUCUCCGAUGAGAGCAUGAUCGAUGCCAUCGACUGGUGGGAGGCUCACACACCCAAAUCGGAUGCUGGCACCGUUGGCGGCCUCUAAGCUUAACCUUACACACAACACAACACAACACUUUUCCCGCCUGCUCUAGUUCUCCUUCCUCCCAAUUGUAAAUAGCUGUAGCUGUCACUAACAUAGUCAACUUAGUGAUAAACCGAGACCAAAACAUUUAUCCCAAAACUAAAAAUGAAACCUCGAUCCCAAAAAAAGCAAAGACAACAAACUACAUAAAACCAUCACGUUAACUUUUAAAUUUAGAAUUCAGAUUUAAGAUUUAUUACCUACAUUUUUUUUUUCUUAGAC